UUAUUAUUCACCUACCCAUGACCUCACACAUUAUUAUUCACUCAGGCCCUCUUUAAAAAGGGCCAUGACAUAGAACGCAAGCUAGUGAGAGAUAAUAGGUCAUUGGGCAAAAUUAUGGAGUCGGUAGCAAGGCCAACUGCGAACAUUGGCGGUGGGCCGAGUGGUGAGCAUGCAAAGGAUCGUUGUGGCUACUUUCAGAUGCCGUUGCACUACCCUAGAUACACACAAGCCGAGUACGAGGCCAUGCCAGAUUGGAAGCUCGACUGCUUGCUCAAAGAGUAUGGUUUACCCAUCACCGGAAAUGUUGAACACAAGAGGAAGUUUGCCAUGGGAGCUUUUCUUUGGCCUCAUUAGAGAGUUUUAUUACUAUUCUGGUCAUUGAUCAUUGUGUUCUUCUCAGUGUUAUGCAGCUUGACAUGAAAUGCUUGGAUCCAUUAUGAGGUUUUAGGAAAGUGCUUGUGUAAAGGUCUGCUUUUGGUGAGGUACUGUCGAUUAACAAGUGGGAAAUGUCUACCUGUAUUUUUUUAAAAGCAAGAUGUGGGAUUUGCUUCUUUUGUUGUGAGAUCAAUUAAUUAAUGGGAUUUUUUUCUUGUUGCCUCCUAA